AGAUGGCAUCGCAGUCGAGUCGGGCUCUGUUGACGCACACCAAGCGAUGGGUGUUGGUGGACGCAGCCCACCAGCCCGUUGGUCGGCUGGCCGCGCAGCUCUCCAUGCAAUUGCAGGGCAAGACCAAGCCCAUUUACCAUCCCACCACUACAAUGGGGGACAACAUUGUCGUCAUUAACGCUGAUAAGGUGCAGUUCUCCGGUAAGAAAUGGGACGACAAGCUCUACAGGUGGCACACAGGCUGGCCCGGAGGUUUCCGUGAGCGCACGGCCCGCGAUAUGCACGCCCGCAAACCAACUGAGGUGCUGCGCAAGGCCGUUAACGGCAUGCUACCCAAGAACAAGCUCCGUCGCCGCAUGAUGGACCAGCUCUUCCUCAUCGAGGGCGACAAGCAUCCUUACGGCAUGAACGUGGAUGAGGUGCUUCAACCAGC